CUCUGCCAUAAGGUGAUGGGCUAAACAAGGAUCAGUGACAAAGUUGCAACUCAACCGCAGACUGAGACAAAUACGGCCCAGCAAAGGACCUGGACUUUUGAAAUAGUCGCCACACAAAUCAAUUUUUCUAUUGACUGCUGAUCGUUCAUUCGGAUGACGAGUGGCGUUCUGUAGGUUGCAUCACCCGCCUUUCUAUCAUAUGUGCAGUACUAAAAAUAUUAGCUGAAGGUUAUUCAGCCAUCCUGACUAUCACAUCUUCGAUACAAAGCAAGUCGAUAAACUUUGCUGAUUCCAUACAGGCCUUACACCCUUGUUGCAUUUCAGUAGUGAUGCAUCCCUCUGGGAAUUAACCAUAUAUUGCACACUGCGAUGCUUGUUGAAGUAUCAGUUGCUGUGAACUACAUACUCUCACAUUUAUAUUCAAAGCUCCCAAGGAGAAGAGUAGAUAACUUUGGCGAGGAGCUGGAAAAACAUCUCUGUGUUAAGUUCCAGCACCAUUGGUAUCCAAAUGAGCCGGCAAGAGAAUCUAACUUCCGUUGCCUUAGUGCUUCGGGCGCCUACGUGGACCCACUGUUUUCAGAAUCAGCUAUUGUGAGUGGGCUAGACUGGAGCGAAAUCCAGGCCUGCUUACCAGAGAAACUAUUACUCAACGUGGACCCAGGGUAUGUAGCAUGUCAGUAUCAACAGACAAGUCAUACAAAUUACGAUUUUAACCGAUAUUCCUCAAACACUCAUUGGCCAUCCUCAAUUUCACUUUCUUCAUCUGGAUGUUCAUCAGCUUCCUCGAAUUCUUCUACCAGUUUGGCGUCAUCUUCCGUUCAAAUGGUACAUCAUGUACUUUACUGCAUCCAAGAAGGUUGGACGACUGACCACGAGAAGCAGUUGCCGGAAGUAGCUAUCCGAAGCGCGAAGGUAGAACAAGAGCACGGAGAUCAGUUAGCAACGGCCGCAGCCUUGAGUGUUCUUGUGGAUGCUGAAGAUAAUGCCACAGCAAACACGGGGGGCCGGUCAACUCAGACUACCAAACCGUCCCUCGCCACGCAGAAUUUGUGGGGUACGAUGUCCUCCAGGCCAGGAAGUCUUGACGUAAAUGCCGAAUAUCAUGCAAAUGAUACAGGAUUUAACAGCAUGGAGUCAUCAAAGCUUGAACUAUCCAGUGGGUAUGAGAUAGAUCAGUUCAACACUAACCUACCGUGGGGACAAUCAGAAAAGGAGUCAGAUAGUUGUUCAAUCUCGCCCUUCAUUUCUGAUAUAAUGGGAUGUACCAGGUCAAACGGACCGCAUAUAAAGAAUGAAGAAUCACAGACGCUUGCUUUUUUGAACAAAUCAUCAUCGGAUCUUCAGCACAUAGAAAAACUGAAUACAAACUGUGGGCGCGACUGUGCUGUGUUUGGAAACAACAGUAGCUGGACUGGUGUUACCAUCCCUCAGUUUUCGUCAAGGUUCGAACAACAGGUUCACCCCUUGUUUGGCUGUCCACAAGUACGAGUGAAUUCCGUCUAUCCCACGACGUUGAUAACGAAUGCGGCGAAUCCAUUUGUACAAAAGUCUACAUCAACGCCAAGUUUUACUGCGGCAACAUUUGCUCAAACCAAAUUUGGAUCUACAAAGCUAAAGAAUUAUGCAAAACGGGCUCCCAAUCGCAUCCUGUCUCCGACAGCAGCACCUCAGCACAUCCCUACUGUGUCUCGUGAGUCUUUGUUGUCAACUAUCCUCGGUGUCAACCAGGUAAGCAUGCAGUUUGAUUUAAGUGUCAUACGUGCAUUCCUAAUAGUCACAAUAGUAGCACAAAUAAGAUUAUAAAGAUGACUUUGCUAGUGAUUGCACUCCAGCAGCAAAAAGGACUGCUUCUACUUAGCGAAAGCGCUUAAACAGAAACCAGGGUGCUUAACAACAAACUCCGUUCGCCAUUGCAAGCUCUCUCACUACCCGGACUGAAUAACUUAGGUGGAUUGGACCACUGUUAAUUAACUGCGUUGUGACUGUUCACUUUAAACACAUUCCCUAUUUGGUGCAAUUGCCUCAAACGGUCCCAGUGGUUCCGAUGCUGGGUACAUUGUAGACAAAUCGGUCCAACCACCUGCGUCAAGUGCUCGACUGUAGAGGAGGAAACGUAUAAAUUCACUGAGAUGACCUAUCUGGAUGAAAUAUCGAACAAGUGAAGGUGGUCAUAUCAAUUUCUCUGUGCAUAAUUUGAAAGACUCCCGGUGAUCCUGUGCGGUGUGGGUUGCUGCAGAAAUGUUUAACACAAAAGUGUCCGAAGGGGUUUCCAGCACAAGGAUCAAAGUACAGGAAACAGCGGAAGGGCGGAUAGGUUCCGCUAUUGACUGAAGCCAGUGUCAUAUCAAUAGUGACGUGUAUUAGUUUUGAAGUUAUUAUUUUGGGGGCGCCUUAAAUAAUAAACAUAUAGCGGCCAAGUAGUCUGUGGGUGUGACUGAACUGGUGUUUAGUUACUUCCCCGCACAAUGAACCAGAUGUAUUGGCUUCAGCUAAAUUGUGAGUGCCACAGGUUGAUGCGCAAACCCAACGUUGACCUCUCCGGACUAAUAAACCAGCGGAUGGCAACUGGCAGGUUCACCGGAUUUGAGAUGUGUAUUGCACCUCUGUUCCACUAUACUAUUAAUUAGUUUAAUUACCCCAUUGAUUUUAUGAGUUGAAUAACAUGAUAUUUGAGUCAUCAAACUCACGAAUUUAGUUUGUUCGCAAUUUGGCAUACCAAGAUGCCAAAUGUCCCAAGUAGUAUGUCAAGUCCCUUUAACAAAUCACUGUCCCAAACAAAUAAAUGGCACAUUUCUCGACUUUGCACGAAGCUCAUCCCAACCAGGGUCAGAUACACUGUAUUACGGGUGUUUCAUGCAACAGUCUACGAAUAGACAGGAACCAUCAGAAACCAUGGAACACAAAAAAAGAU